AUGCUGGCUCAGAAAUCAACCCCAAGUCUUCAUCCUUUGGCGUGGCUACUGUGCUUGACGUGGAGUGCCUUAACUCUGGUGCUGAAUUGUUCCGCACACAAAGCUGGGAAGUGUAAUGGCUACUGGCUAGAGCUCAAGAUUUUUCCCCUCACUGGACAUCGAGUGUCCGAUUCCGAUUGUCGAUAUCAGCUCAAGAGCAGAUGGGACGAUGAGACACCUGAUGCAUCGAAGCCCUGGCUGAACAACAAUGGUCAGCACACUUAUGGCACCUUCCCUGUUCGCAAUCAAUCCUACAAGCUUCCAGACAAUCAUAGUCGUGCAGGCUACACCAACUGCUAUCUGAUCGACAAGGAUGAAGCCUGCCCGCAUGGCGAGGCUGCGAACAAGGAGGCCGAGAAUUGGUUCCAAAUCGAUCCAGAGCACAACGGCGCAACCCUUGGAAUUUUCUGCAUGUUCUUGGUCAGCUUCAGCAAAGAUUUAGGAUCCGACCUGUUGCCGAACAACAAGCGUCCAGGAACAACUGUGGACUGGCACGACGCUGGCAAACAUCGUGAUCACCUAUGCGAGCUUGAGUACAACGUCCUUGCCCCGGUGAAUGCCUACUGGCUCACGUCUUACCCGCCUGGCACCAAAUUGGUGGAAGAUGAGUGCCCUUACGAGCUUCAGAGCGCACCUGUCGACCCUCAAGGGUAUCCUGUGCUGCAAAAAUCGCCACAACUUGGGAGUACUAGUAGCACGUUAUGCCGCUACAUCAAGGCGGACCCCAGAUGCAAGGUCGAUCCUCUGAUCCGUCCCAACGAUUACUUCCAAGUCACUGGUCCUGAUGGAACACCUCAGCUGGGCAUAUUUUGUGUUCUUUACUAUGAUGUAAGUAAUCCACGGUCUCCUUCACCACCAAUAGAUGCGUAUUCAGGGACAACCGAUCAAUCACAGUACUUUCCGAUCUGGAAGUACGAUGUGAGCAGCUCUUCGUGGAUACAGGGUACAUCAGGUUAUAUGGGCGAGGCAGAUACGCCUUACGUCUAUCCUGCUUGA